GGCGGCUCUGGAUGCAGCACGCGUCUAUGCUCCGCGAGUCGGCGGCGAGACUCUUCGCGGACAUGGAUCUGAUCGCGCAGGAGAGGAGGAAGCGGAGGCGAGGGGGAGGAGGGCCGCGCCUGGCAGGCGGUGCGGCCGGCGGCCGGCUCGGCGUCAUCAUCGGGCAGGCGCCAAACGCGAGUGCUGCGGCGGGCUUCCGCCCUUUGGAGGGCCUCGCGGAGCAGCGGCUCGCCCGGCUCGCUGGCCUGACGGUGGAGGCGUUGUGGGAGCGCUUCGACCGGCGCAACGUGCUCUCGGCCUUUCCUGGCCGCAAGCACAAGGACGACAAGCACGGCACGGCGGCCGGCUACGCGCUGCACGCGAGCACGGGCGAUCGCUUCCCGAUGGAGGAGGCACGCGCGGCGGCGGCGGCGAUGGACUUGUCGGGCUACCGACUCGUGGUGCUGCUCGGGCUCCGCGUCGCGUCCGCCUUCCGGCUCCGCCAGCCGAAGCUGCUCGAGGAAAGCUGCUCGGCGGAGUCGCCGCUCGCGUGCCCCGUGCUGGUGCUCCCGCACACGUCGGGCGUCUCGCACUUCUGGAACGAGCCGCAGAAUGUGAGAUUGGCGGAGGACGCGUUCCGGCGAGCGAUGGCGAGGCACAUGUCGUGAUGGUCUCAAGGACUUGUUAGAAAAGAAUGUGUCGCUGCCGUGCGCGCAACCUUGGCGUUUUCUUUGUUCUGA